UUUCCAUUAUAUUACUGGUUGAAAGGUCACUUACAUUAGGUAAGUAAUAAUUUUUUUUAUUACGAUAAUUAUUACAGUAGUUUGUUUGAAAUUAUUUGCUUCUUAAUAGUACCUAAAUAUUAAUAAGGUUAUUAAGUUAUGUAUAGAUAAGUAAAUGUUACUGUUUUUAUGGUUGAACAAUGCCUACAUAUUAAAAUGUUGCUAUAUAAGUAAAUAAUAUAUUAUUUGAAAUUAUUAACACUUUUUUAUUUUAAUAAACCGAAAUAAACCUGAAUAUCAACCAUAAGCGUCAUUUGAAGUAAAAUCAUGUGGUAGCAAUAUAACAUAUUGAAUAAUAUUUCUAAUUCAGUUGUGGUCUAGUAGGUGGAUCAUCAAUUAGAUCCUAGUCAAUUGUUUAUUAGAAUUAGAUGGUAAAAAUAUCAAGUACAUUUAGAAAUAUAUGUAAUCUGUAUCAUGCAAUUUUGACUGAUCUUUAUAUAUCUACGUUUAAAUUCAAUCCGGGCGAUAGUAUAAUUAAUAAUUAUUAUGUAUUACAUUUCUGUUAUCAUAAUAUUAUGAAAAAAGUAAAGAAAUUAUAAUUUUUUUCAAAUUACCCAUUGGGUAGCGUAACUAUUAAUCUGUAACCCCAAUGAAAAUAGUUGGGUAUACUUAGCUAGCAAUUGCUCUCACUACCCCGUAAUGACGCCUAUUUAUGUAAUACCUAACAAAGUAGAUUAAGCUCACGGUUUUCACUGAUCGAACUGAUAAUCAAUGGAAACAUUUAGAACCUAAUCUAAUCAUUUAAUUGGUAUCUAUUAUCAAAUCGUUUAAUGAAUAUCGCAUUAAAAACUGUAGGUAUAAGCGAGGUGUAUAUCAAUACACCUAACCUACAUUGGGUAUUAAAUAGAGCGCAUACAAACCGUAGACUUUGUACUACGAACACAGACGUUAGAUUCAGCUAUAUUCAGCAAGAAUAUUGCUCCAAUAAAAAACUGACUAGAGACCUUUUUUGUUGAAUUCUUAAUUUAGUUGGUAAGUUAAAGAGUAAUUUUUUUGAUUUACCGUGCACAUAGUUUUUUUUAAUAAUUAAGAAAAACCAUAAAAAAAAAACGUAAAAAGAACGGGGAAAUUUACGAAAAUAAUGUUUUUAUUGUGUUCAAUUUUGUUUUUUUGUUACUAUUCAAUUAAAAAUAUUCGUAGAGGCUUGAAAUUUAGAGAGGACUUAUGUUAACAUUUUCUAGAAGAAGUCAAAUUUUCAAAAAAAUUUGAGCUAUUUUUGAGCUAUGUAUAAACAUAAUUUUGGACGUUUUUUACGCAAGUUUUAUUCGGUAUAACAUUUAAUAAAAUUGUUAGACCAAACAGAAAUGCUUGAAAAUUUGACAGGAGGUCUAUUAUAAGUCAUACUUAGUAGUUAAAAAAUAAAUUGAGUUUAAUAUAUUUUUUUUUUUUUGUAUAGCAAUUUUAAAAUCAUAGAUACGGCCUUUAAAAACACUUAUAAUCCAACUCGACUCAGAAUCGUUUUUUGUUAGCAAUGAUUAAUCGCUAUGUACAAAUAUAUAUUAAAUUCCUUUUUUACUCUACCCUCCCAACUUCUCAUAUAUAACUACAGUGGUCCACCCAUUUUAUAUCCGUAUUUAUCAAUAUAAAUACCUAUAUGUUCAUUGUUUUUCGUUCGAUUACCAGUUUACCAUAAUAUUUUUUAUACCUACUACAAAAAUGUAUAAUCUCGGAUACAAAACAACAAAAAUAGUUAAAUAAUAAUACUAUUGUAGUAUCGUGUAAAAUAAAAUAGCUAGUCUUCAUGACUAUAACUAUUUAAUCAAUAAAGUUGUAUAAUAAAUAACCAAUAGUGCCUAAUAAAUUUAUAAUCUACUACAGCGGCUAAAGCUAGUUCACGGUGUUAUACGUAGGCUAUACAGAAUGAAAACAUAUUAUGCUGUGGUAGAUUUAGAAAUUUAUUAGGCACUAUUGGUUAUUUAUAGUUCAACUAUAUUGAUUAAAUAGUUAUAGUCAUGAAGACCAGCUAUUUUAGUUUUCAUGGUUAUAGAAUAGUUAUUUACCUUUACUAAUAGACACAGUAGACGUUAUGGCAGUCAAAAAUAAUAUGUAGCUAGGUAAGUACCUGCAUACAUAAAUAAUGUUUGUUGAUUUUACAUUAUAAGAAUUAUAAUAAAAAUUAACAUAAAAUGAAAAAAGGGGAGAGAAAGACCGAAAAAGAUUGUUGGAUGCGAUUGAAAAUGAUAAAAUUGUAUAUGUGGAUAAAGUGGGUACAUGCGUGGACGAUGUAGAAGAUCGGGUUAAAGGUCAAGUAAAAGUUUGGACGAGAGUGGCAGACCCCCAUUAGUUGAGUAUUGGAAUGAAAGUGAAGGAGAAGAUAGGUAGGUAUAAGUACAUUUUGUUAAGUAUAAAAAUAAAAAGCAGUAAGGCAAACAAAUUAAGAAAACACAUUCAAUGAAGAAUUUUUUUGUAGCUUGUUAAAAUACAAUUAUUUAUAAAGCACAAUAUAUUUUAAAUUUUAUUGUUAAUAAGAUGACUCAUUAUCGGCCCAUAACUCAUUUCAUACAUUAUAAUAUUGUAUUGUAUCAUAUUUACGUAUUAGGUACCUAAUGCCUGAUGGUAUAGGUACAUUUUCAGGGGGUGGUAUUCAUUUUUAUACGUGUUAGGAGGGGAUAAUAACCCCAUUGCACACUGAAAUAAACACUGGACAGUAGGUAAACUACCAACUAUUGUAGAAAACAUAAGCCAUACAAAUUUAAAAUAAUGAAAUCGUUGCGCUAUAAUUUGAAAAAAUUCGUCUUUUUUUGGUUUUUCCCAAUUAUUAUGAAAAAUAAUGUAGGUUUCAAAAAACGAUUUUCUUUAAUAGUGGCUAUGCGUUAAAAGUAAUAAAAUCAAUCUCUUGUUAUUUUUCGAUUGGAGCAAUAUUUAUAGUAGAAAAUAUAAGUUCCAAAAAUUAAAAACAAUGAAAACGAUAAUGGUGCGGUGCCACGCUCUGAAUCUAUAACAGAAAAGAAACAGUUUCUGUUUUUCACAAUUAUUAAGAUUUCCGUCCGAGGAAAAACAAAAAAAUACCUUGAAAUGCACUAACUAAACUCAUUUGCUAUCAGAAAACACCCCUGAAGUUGGUGAAAGUAAGAUUUCUGGUAAAAAAUUUGUUUACAUACAGAAAAAAUAAAUAUAUAAUCUAAAAAAAUAUGAAUCAUUUAGAAGGCACACAUUUUAUUCCAUCAUUUUAUAUUUAACAUUUUUCGUCUUCAAAAUUAUUAUUUUUUAAUUUAUUAACAUAUUGUGUAAACAUUAAAUACAAUUCUUCGACUUGUCUUUGAUUUUCUUUCCUAUUAAAUAAAAAUGAAAGGUUAAUUUUUUACUUGAUAAAUUAUAGAUAUUAACAAUAGAAUUAUAAGUUAAAAAAAAAAAGUUCAAGUGACAUCAAUAAAACUAAUAUAAUGUUCUAUAAUAUAUUAAAUUUGUAAAUAUGUUAAAUUUGGUUUAUAUUAACAUUGGAUUUUUAAUAUUUCUUAAUUGAAUUUGAAAUAAUUUAACCUGUUCUGUGGUUUAACCAACAAAUUAAGAUAUAUCUAAAUUACUCUAAUCAUGUGAUCAAACCACAUAUAAUUUAACUAGAACAAAAAUAUAUUUUUAAUAAUCAUAAUUACUUUAUUUCUUUAAAUUUAUCUUUCUCACACUGUAACUGUGACUGAAGUCUAGAUACUUCAGUUGUGUAUUUGAUAUUAAGUUUAUGAUUUUCUUCUUCAGAAAGUUUUAACAGACUAUCUUUUUCAUUUAGAUUCGUUUUUAAAGUUUCUACUUCUUUAACAAAAGUAUUGUUAUGCAAUUGUUCGUUCAACUUUUGAGCAACUUUGUUAACUAGUUGUUUUUCAUUGAACUUUUUCAAUUCUUCAUUUGCCAACAUUAAACUAUUUUCAAGUGCUUGAACUGUCUGAACGUCAACUGUAGAUUGUGUUUCUAAUUUUGCUAGUUUAAUUUCUAAGUCGGAUUUAUCUUUAAAUAAAGCUUUUAUUUUUUCAUCUAAUAAAACCAAUAUUUUUGUCUAUAGUAUAAGAAUAUAAAAUAAAUAAAUUUAUUAAAUAAAUCAAAUAUGUACAUAUAUAGGUAUAUAUAUACAGCCAACUCACGAUAUAACGAAUUUCAAGGGACCAAGAAAAAAGGUCUGUACAUUUAAAGUAUAUAUAGCGAAUAUUGAAAUUCAUAAUAUCAAGUUCCGAAAUUAUAAAAAUUUGUUACAUAGCGAGAGCUUUGGCCAAAAAAACUUCAGUUAUAUCAAGAAGACUAAAAUACAUUUAAUUAUUUGUUACAUCUCGAGAUUUUCAAUGGAACAAUUAUUGAUUUAAUAUAUCACGAGUCGAUUGCAUUUAUAUAUAUAUUAUUAUAUAAAACCUGAUCAGCCGUAUUUAUUUCGUCCUGUUGAUGUAAAUUCUUCAUAAACAAAUCAUUGUUAAUUUUUUGUGUUAUUUUAAGAUGAUACAUAUUAUUAAGAAGUAACUUUUUGUAGGCUUUCAACUUAUCUGAAAUUAAAAGCAAAUAAAAUAUUAUUUAGUGUAUUUAACAAUAGUUUAAGCAAGUUAUUCAAAUUAAUAGGUAAUGGUUGUAACCAAAAUAAUUCUGUAUUUCAAUUUCUGUUGAAGCUUUUGUGUUAUUAAGUUCUGCUUUAAUUUCAUUUAGUUCAUCUUUUAACUUCGGUAAAGCAUCUAAUAACCGUUUAUGUACUUUGGUUUCUUUUAACAUUUUAUCGGUAUAUUUUUUUUUAAUUUUUGCAAUAAUAAAAUCGAUUUUUUCAAAAUCCUAGAUUAGGAAAAAAAAAUGUGUAUUAAUGAAUUCCUUAUAUAAUUUGAAAACAUUAAACAAAACCUCUAGAGAAUUCAUUGUUUCAUCAUCAGAAUUAGAUAGUUCAUCAUUGCUUAUUUUUUUUACUAUUGAAUUUAAACUUUGUGUUUUUAAUAAUAGUUCAGAUUUCAUCUUCUCAACUUUUUUACAAAUCAUUGUUUUACAUUUGUUUUCUUGUAAACAACUAAUUUUUAAUUCUUCAAGUUCUUGUUUUUGCUGUUCAUUUUUCACUUGAAAAAUAUGUAAUCUUGUUUGCAGCUCACUAUACAAUUUAACAUGCUAGAGUAAUACCUUUAAUUAUAUAUAAAUACAAAUAAUUUUUACUCAAUAUGGUUUUGAUAUUCAUUUUUUAAACAAUUUAUUUGUGUUUGAUAAUUUGUAUCUACUGAAAUUACAUGUUUUAAAAUACUUGAGUUUCUGUUUUGAAAAUCUUGUUGAUUGAUUUCAUUAGACUUAUUUUGUUGUAAUUGUUCAACUAAAAAUAAUAUUAUUUAUAACAAACUCAAAACAAUAUUUAUUAAGUGCAUGUUCAUCUAACUAAUUAAUGUGAUUUUAUAAUAUAUAAAUUAAUUAUUUAAUUUUUUGUUGGCCAUUAUAAAAAGAAACAAAAAUUUCUAACUAAUUGGUAAAAAUAAAUGCACACAAAGUUUAGGUACCUUCUUAUAUACCUAACUUUUUUUUUUAGCAUACCUAUCAUAGCACACGUGUCCGCAGAUAUAGAAUUACCUUGAAUAUUUAAUUCUAAAAGAACAUAAUUUUCCUUUAAUGAUUUAAAUAAUGAUGUUGCCCCUGCUUCACCUAUACUAUUCCAACUUAAAUCUGAAAAAUAAUGUUUAUUUCAUUAUAAUUUCAAAUAAUAUAACCUAGUUUAAAUUGUUCAAAUAAUUAGAUAAUAUUUACCAAUAUUCUUUAAAUAUUUAUUAAUGCUUAACAGUUUAGCUAAAUGAAAACCACAUGUUUCACAUAAGUUAUUAUUCGCUAAAUUUAGUGUGUUUAAUAUAAUAUUUGACAUUAAACAAUUACAUAGUUGGGCAAAUGCUUCAACUGAAUUACCAAUGUUGUUCCAAUCCAACUGUAGGCUAAACAUGUUUAUAAAUAAUAAGUACCAUGUCUGUGUUUUUUAAUUGGAUAAAUAAAAAAUUAAGAAUUUAUCAUACUCUGUGAUAUUAGAGUUAUUCAAUAAUAUUUUAGAGAUAUAAAUUGUUGAAUUAUUCCCAAUUUGGUUUCCUUUUAAAUUUAAAUAUGAUAAAUGUUUUAAUUGAUUCACCACAUCUAAAAAGUUCUUCAGACCAUCAAAUGAAAGAAAACAAUCAGAUAAAUUCAAAACAUUAAUAGUAGGCACGAGUUUUAAAGUUUUCGCUAUUAAUAAGCAAUUAGUAUCUGUCAUUGUAGUAAAUCUCAAAUUUAAUUCUCCAUUUUCACUAAAAUAAAAAUGGAUAAAAUUAAAACUAUUAACUACUAUGGAAAAUUAUUAAAUUUUAUAUCAAUUCAAGUUAGGUACCUUGCACUUUUUAAACAGGAUACAAUACAUUCAUCAGCCUGUAUUUUAUUUUUUGAACAUAAUUUUUGAUAAAUGUAACAAAUAUCUGUAUUCAUUAUUAAUAUUAAUGUAUCAAUUAAACAGAUUAAAAUUUGAUAAAUAUUUUAAUAUCUUUGUGGUCUAUCUACUAACUUUCACUAUAAUGUUAAGGACUAAAGAGUAUAUUUUCUGGCAACACAACUCACAUUUAAUACAUGAUAAUUAUGAAAAAAAUAUAUCUAUAAUACUUAAUACAUAUAUAAAAUCAUUAUUUCUAAACCUGUUAUAAUGCUAUAAGGCUUAGAUUUUAUCUAACCAUGUUGGUUGUUCAUGAGACGUAUCGAAACUAUAGAGUAUUACUCUCUGAUCAAGACUUGAGAAACAAUGUAAUGUGAGAAUGUGAGAAUAUGUAUGUAAUUUUCGAGGAACAUCGAAAUACAUUGGAUUUUUAAAUCGAUUGAUCAUAGAUUCUAAUGAGAAAUCACAGAUAUACAUGAAAAAAAAAUGUAUACAUGUGCGAGGAAUCCAUAGACCAUAUCCUUAUAAAUUCCUAUAGAUGGUCUAUGGAGGAAUCCACCGAUUUAUGUAAGGUGGACGCACAUUACAUACGCUUGCACAGAUAUAUAAUUAUAAUAUGACAGGUGUAUACCAAUUACCAGUUGAACUGUCAUAGUGUCAUACACCCAGGGAACUGUUCCCCUUCCCGGCUAAAUGGAUUUUUGUUUUUUAUUGCUAUCAGUGUUAUCACAAAUAUAAACAGAAAUUAACUGAAAAUGCAAUAAUUAUAAUAUUAUGUUUUUUAUGCACUAUAUUUUAGUGUAUUAUUAUUUAUUAUGUUUAUGAUCUAUGAUCACACAUGAAUAGUGAAUACACUAUUAUUAUAAAAUAAUAAUGCCUACAAUAGCUGAAGGUGGUCCUGAACAUGACAAAUAUAUAUUUAAUUAUACUCGCAGUUGGACAGAUGAUUUACCAGUUUGUAAAGUAUCAGGUAUGUGUAAAAUUAAUUAACUUUUUAAUGACUUAAAUAUUCAAAUUGGAUAAAUAUAUUUUAGGUAUUGGAUAUUUAACUCGACAAAGGUAUGAUGAAUUAGGUCAACGCCGAGAAGAACUUGAAUCAGAAGAUGUAAGUCUUCGUUGUUAUUAUGAUGAUGCAGGUGUUGUAUGUUUAUAUGGAAUUUUUAAUGGCCAUAAUGGGGCAGAAAUCGCUAGAUUUGCACGUGAUCGUAUUGCUGCAGAAAUAUUAUUAGGUAGAUUACCUGCUACGGAAAUGGAUCAGAUUGUUAACGAAAUAAUUCAGUGAGUAUUAUAUAAUAUAAGUAUUAACAUGGACAUUGAAUAGGUAUACAUAAAAAAAUUAAUUAAUUUUAGACAAAGCUUUCUUUCUGUUGAGGCAACCUAUAAUGAAACAAUUGAUAAUAAAAUACUUGAAAGAGAGAGUCUUCAAAUACAACUUCCUGAAGGAAUAUCUAACUAUGAUGCUUACCAACAAUAUCCACAAAUUGUAUAUUUUAUCUUUAUAAAUUCAAUUUUAAUUAUUACUUAGUUUUAUUUAUCAUUUUUUUUUUUCAGAUAGAAAAACUGAAAGAACUUAAUGAAGAAUUAUCAUCUGGCACUGGAGCAGCUAUAGCAAUUCUAAAAAACAAUCGUUUAUAUGUUGCUAAUGUUGGGGAAAGUCGUGUAUUAUUAUGCAAAACUGACAAAGAUGACGUGUUGAAAGUAAUACAACCAACAGUUGACCACAAUUUAACAAAUCCAAAUGAAGUUAUUAGGUUGACUAAUCUUGGACUCAAAAUUGCUGAUGGAAAAAUUAAUGGUUAAUAUUAAAUUAUGAUUAUAUUAAUACAUAUUAUAUAGUAAAAAAUACAUACAAAUUAAUACAAAUUUUUAGGUAGUAGGACUAUUGGAAAUCAAUCUUCUACUCGAUGUUUGUGCAAUUAUAUGAUUAAAGUAGCCUAUAAAGAUUUUGAGGAACUUAAUGAAGCUUCAGCAGAACCAGUUAUUGCUGAACCUCAUAUUGUAGGAGGUAUUUCUAUAGAUUCAUCAUAUAGGUAAAACAAUAUAUAAUAUUUAAUUUGUUGAUAAAAUUAUUCUUUUGUUUAAAAUUUAUGUUAAAAUAUUAUAUUGUAAUUAAUUCAUAUAUUAUAUAUUAAUCAAAUAAAUCACUCUGUAGAAUUUGGUCAUAAGUAAUUAUGUUCACACUAUAGGAUAGAUAUAUUAUAGUUAUACAUUUACACAGGAGUACAAAAAAUGCUGACAGCAGCUCCAUUCCUUGAUUAUAUUUGUUCAUUAAUUUAACUAAACAUUGUCUGGAUUACUUUUAAACUUUUCCAAUCAACUAUUUAUUAUAGAUUUAUGAUGAUUGCUUCUCCGGGUCUUUUAAAAACACUGGAAGAAGCUACAGGUACAAGCCAAGUGAACAAAGAAUUAGCAUUAUUAGUAGUUAACCAAGUAAAUAAUUUACCAUUGUUUUAUAUAAAUAUUGAGAUUUCAUAUACUAUAUAUUUAAUUAAAUUUUCCAUUAAUUUCUUAAGUUAAGAUUACAAUCAACAUUAACUGGUGUUGCACAAGCUGUUGUGGAUCAUAUAGCUCGAAUAUAUCAUGAUACUUAUGAAGCACAAGAUAAUGCUACUGGAGCUACUCGUCCAAAUAUUAUGUUGAUGGUACGUAAUUUCAAUUUUGCAAUGCCCAAUGCAAUCACAGAACAACAACAUAGCUGGAAUAGUUCAACUGAUCAAGGUUAAUAUUAAUAUAUUAAAUGUAUAUGUUGUAGACUAUAUAGAAAAUUAGUCUUUGCAAAAAUACCAGGCUAUUAGCAAUAGUGUAGCCCGUUAUUUUUCAGACCCAUUACAAACCCAGUAACAAAAUUUAGACCCUAAGAAUUACAAUAAUUAUUAUAUAUUCAUUUUAUUUUAAUUUAUUACUUGUAAAAAAAAAAAAACAGUUAACUAUAUAGAUUGAUUAAAAAAUAUGAUAUUAUGGAAGUGGAUGACUCAAAAUAUUUGAUAAAGAAAAAUUCAUGAUGAAGCAAUUAUCCAAUUAGUGACACACAAGAAUUAUUUUUAAAUUGUAAGUACAAUUCACAGACAUUUUGGACAUAGAGGUGGCUGUGAUAAAACAAUGUAUGCUCUUAAAAAUAAAUUUUACAGAUUGUACUGUAUUUUGAAACCUGUUGUUAAGUAUAGCUGAACAGUGUAAUAUUUACAUAAUUUAUUUUUUGUCAGUUAUUUAUUAACAUUAGUAAUAUGCUUUUAAAAAAAUCUGUUCAAUAAUAUACAUCUUCACUAAAUAAAUAAUGUGUACUUGUACAGUUUACAUAUUAUAAUUCUUUUAUUCUUUUUUUUUUGUGCAAGUAAUAAAUUACAAUAAAAUUACUAUUUAAUAAUUAUAGUUCUUAAAAGGCCUAACUGCUGUUAGUCUGUCUGCAAAAAGCCGGCUAUUUGGACAAAUUAAAAGUAAUUUGCCAACAGGCUACUCCAUUGCAAAGAUUAAUUUUCCAUAUGGUCUAAGACUUUAAUUGCAUAAAAUAUUUUUUUUUUUUUAGAUACAGCAAUAAACUUGACUCAAACUACAACAUCAACAAACACAGAUUUAUCUACUGCUUCAGCUAAAAAUAUAUUACCUUAUGUUGAUUUUAGUGAAUUUAAUACAAAAUUUGAGAAAGCUAAAGCAGAAGGUAAAAUUCCUUCAAAUAUCAAGUAUUUUAAUGAUAAUUAUAAUUAGAUAGUACAGAAGUAUUUAAAUUUGGUAUAUAGAAGGGACUAAUACUCGUAGUAGUAAUAUAUGUUAAAAUUUAUUUAGAACAUUAUUAUUUAAGAAACAAAUAUACUGAAUUAUACAAUACAUAAAAUAUUAAAUAAUAUUUAAUCUACUUAUAUAAUUUAAAUUGAGUUUUUGAUUCGAAGCUUAGUGAAGAAUGUAUUGUUUUAUUGUUUUUACAAUGAUGUUUAUUAUUAUUUUUUAUAAAAAUAGUAUAGCCUUUUAAAAAUAUCUAUAAUAAAACUUUGCUACAAAUUGUUUUUCAUUAGCAAUGGUUUACAACGAUAGUUGUUUAUGGAUUUAAAUUAAAUAACAUAAUUAUUCUAUCUUUCCCAUCUACAACAGUGGUACACCCGUCCCCAGUAUCUGCACUUUUUUUUAAAUUUAAUCAUUACUAGUUAUAUGAUAUUUAGUACAAAGAAACUUUAAUAAUUAUAAAUAAAGAAACUCAAUGAUAAUUUAAAAUAAAUGUUAGUUAAUAAUUAAUUAUAAUAUGUACAAUAUGUUAACAAAUUAAAAUAAUUAUACUGUUCAUAUCUACAAUUCACACUUGCAUUUGAAUUAUUUAUCAUCCUCAUUGUCUUCUUCUGGUUUUUUUGAAGUUUUAUACUCUAAUAUUGUAAUUGCUUUUUCUAAUGUAUCAAAGGUUAUU